CAUGCAACUAUUCUUUCUUUAGUUUUCUUUUUACUUUGUUCAGUUUCCUUUUCUUUCAAACGAUUUGGUUAUGGAAAAAACGUUUUUGACACAAUUUAUUUGUUUCUUUAUACUAUUAUUAGCAUGUUUAACAUUAGGCUUUGGAAGUUGGCUAGAAACAAAUAAUUUAUUAUACCUAUCAUCGCCUACAUCAAGUCAGCAUUUAUCAAUAUUUAAAGUUACUAUGGAAAACGGCAGUGAUAUAGUAUAUUUAACAUUUGGAUUAUGGCGUCAAUGUGCAUACAAUGUUCGAUAUAAGACCCAUACAUGUUCGAAUAUCAAAAUGAACUAUGACAUAGAUGUCCUCACGGCAAUGAAUGACUUUUCAACAAGUAAUUAUCAAUUACCAUCAUAUUCAUAUGUCCGAUCAAUCCCCCUGCUAAUAGCUACUUUUAUCGCCGUUGUGUCCCUCGGUAUAUCAUUAUAUUUACUACCCGGCAACCGUAAAAAAUCCGUACAAAGAAGAGGCCUUUUAUGGUUAAUUAGUGCCCUGUCCCUCAUAAACGCCGGCUUAGUUUCUAUUUCAUUUGGGGUUACGUUUCAUCGAUACUCAACAAAUAUAAAGACUGCAUGUAAUUCAGUCUCCAACCAGGAUUUUGUCUGUCAAAGUUACACACCAAGUGAUGAAAUUACAUUGCUCGGACUAGCAAUAGUACUUUUCACUAUCAGCACAAUUUACUGUAUCAUUGUGUCUACUGAUAAUAAAUUAACCGGGAGUUGCAAAACACAAUUCACCACAAACAGCAAUUUUUCAUUUUAUGCGUCCGAAGAAGAUCAACGUCAGACUACACCCACUAUAGACAUUGAUGAAAUCCCGUCCGCUGAAGAAAUGGUCUGGAAUAGCAAUAAAGAAAGGCUAUCAUUACGUCCUCCGCCGCCAUUUAUUAAUUCCCAGAAGGUUGGGUGCCGAUCCGCGACUGAUCAUUCGCCGCUAAAAGUGAAUGAUAUAGGGGAUUCGAAUGCCGAUAAAUAUGUGCCACCCCAAAAUACUUCGUCCUUGUCGUCUACAGACAUGCAGUUUACGUCAUCGACGGAAGAUGUAUUGGUGCCUCCUACCUUACCUUUUGCCAAUCACGGUGGCCGGUCCACCUAUAAUCACAAUAAUAUCAGGCCUCUUAGCGAUGGUUCAGGAAAUACAUUCGGUGCUUUUUGCCAAGAAGCAAGUAGCCCUUCCGCUGAUGAUGCAUCUCAAUCAUCGUCUUAUAUCGAUCAUCACAGAAGUGACUCAAAUAUAAGCCAACCAAUAUAUGCACACGGUACACAAUCAAACCAUACAUUGGGCGCAUUCCCAUUAUCAAAAUCAAACUCCCAUACCAAUGCCUAUUGUAACAGCUUUUCCUUUGAAAAUGGAGACCUGGCAGAAAAUGAAACUGGUAAUCAUCGAUCAGUAAAUAUACCCGAACAAAGUUCAAAGCAUGCAGUAAAAGCUUCUACAAGCAGUAGUGAUAUUUUGUUUAAAAGAAUUAAUAACUACUUGCGACCACAGUGAAAAGAAAAAGGAAAUGCUGUGUCAUAUUCCUUUCCGCAUCAAUGUAAAUUAAAAAUUCCUGGAUGUAGUCACAUAUUUGAACUACGUAAUUCAUAAAUAAAAUCGAAGAAUGACCGUUGCUUCGUGG